AUGAGCGACCAACACUCGGAUAGCACAUCCGACCACCGCCAAAACGGUCGCAAUGCCGAAGAUGAGAAGAAAGAUGUCCGCGAGCCCCGGGGCGACAUACUCGGUCGACUGGAGCAUUUCACAUGGGCCAACUACACUUUUACCAUGAGCACGGGUGGAAUUUCACUGCUCAUCUCCGAGAGCACACAACCGAACACAUUCUACGGACAGCAGACCAUCGGAAAAGUCGUUUACAUAUUCGACCUCGUCAUGUUCACACUAAUCACCGCCGCUCUUAUCACUCGCUUCAUCAAGUACAAAGGCACAUUUCUGGCGUCCCUUGCGCACCCAACUGAAGGCCUCUUCUCGGCCUGCUUCUUUCUGUCCCUCGCAUCCAUCAUCGGUUCUAUUGCAAGAUACGGCAUCCCGAAUUGCGGAAAUUGGUUGGUGGUGGUCUACAGGAUCCUCUUCUGGAUCUACUUUGCUGCCACAGCCAUCUACGCCGUGGGAAUGUACAUGGUCCUUUUCACCUCGCCCAAGCUCAAAAUCGACGACAUGACGCCGGCCUGGGACCUUCCUAUCUUCCCCUCCAUGCUCUCGGGCACGAUUGCGACCAUCGGAGCCGGCAGCUCCGGCGGACAGCCGGUGCACCAGGCCAUGCCAAUGAUUGUAGCUGGGCUGACGGCGCAGGGGCUCGGGAUGCUGGUAUCGAUCAUGUUGUAUGCAUGCUACAUCCGCCGCAUGGUGCAGUUCGGGCUGCCCAGUCCGCACUCGCGACCCGCCAUGUUCAUCGCCGUCGGUCCGCCAGGCUUUACGGCCUUGGCGCUCAUCGGCCUGGCGAAGGCGUGGCCGACCCACUACAACUACUUUGGCGACGACGAUGUGACGAGCCAGAUCCUGCAGGUGGUGGCGACAAUGACAGCAGUCUUUAUCUGGUCGUCGGCCUUCUGGUUCUUCUGCAUUGCGGUGGCAUCUUGCCUGAUGUGCUGGAGGGCAAUGUCCUUCUCGAUGAGCUGGUAUGCCUUUGUUUUUCCCAAUGUUGGGUUCACGAUAGCCACCAUCAACAUCGGCCAGGCAUUUGAGAGUACGGCCGUGGAGUGGGUGGGAACGGCGAUGACGCUGAUGCUGAUCGCCAUGUAUCUGUUCGUCUCCGUCUGCUACGUGAGGGCUUUGAUCCGAAGAGACGUGGUUGCCGAGGGAAAGGAUGAAGAUGUCUACAUCAACGAGACGCGACUGGCCGAUGGCGUCGCCGACGGCGCACCGGCGACCCGUCUCGCCUUCACCUCCUCGGUCCUUGCCCUUCGCGGUGACCACAUCGCCCAGCAGCCGUUCGUCGACCCCGGGACUGGGUCCGUCUUCUGCUGGAACGGAGAGGCGUGGAAGAUCCGGCACCACGACGUCUCUGGCAACGACGGCGAGGCGAUAGCUGCCCUCCUAAUCGAGGCUGUGAGUCGUGGCCUGGAAGAACGCGAGACUGCCAUCUUGGCGGUACUCCGGUCUAUCGACGGUCCGUUCGCGUUCGUGUUCUUCGAUAAGCCCUCGGGAAAGGUCUAUUAUGGUCGCGACCGCCUUGGACGACGAUCACUGGUGAUCCGCGAGGGCGGCCAAUGCGUUGUCCUGUCCAGCAUCACAGAUGCUGCCGAUCCGCAGUGGAGGGAGGUCGGGGCCGACGGUAUCUACGUUCUGGAUGUGGCGAAUAUCCAUUUGCAAGAUCAAAAUCAUGCGACGAGGAGGCUGGAGUGGCUGGGGGAUAACGGCGCAGCGGACUUUGUCUCCAACAUUGGCCGGUUCAAUUCAACUGUCCCAUCCGAGGACAUCUGCUUAGUUCCCGACUCGCCCGUGGUGAAGACACUUCGGCAGCAGUUGACGGAAUCCCUCAGACUGCGCGUUCUGGAUGUACCUUCGCCACCAGGAGCCGAUGAGAAGCAGGAAACACCGAGGGUGGCUGUACUGUUCUCCGGUGGGCUGGACUGCACUGUGAUGGCAAGGAUCUGCCACGAUCUCGUUCCCCUUGACCAAGGUAUUGACUUGAUCAAUGUCGCGUUCGAGAAUCCUCGAGUUGCGGCCAACGCUCAAAAGUUGAGGGGCCAAGAGGACUCAGGGCCAUUUGAUAUUUACGAGGCCUGCCCGGACAGGAUGACAGGAAGGAAGUCCUUCGCUGAGCUUCAAGAAGUCUGUCCUGAGCGGGCCUGGAAAUUUCUUGCAGUGAAUGUUCCCUACUCCGAGUACUCAACCCACAAGGGCGAGGUAAUAUCUCUCAUAUAUCCUCACAACACCGAGAUGGACCUUUCCAUAGCCAGCGCUCUGUAUUUUUCUGCACGGGGCCAGGGCACUGCUUUCGCCGAUGCUACCACAGCUGCCUCAGCAGCUUACACUACAGCAGCACGUGUGCUUCUCUCAGGGCUUGGGGCCGAUGAGCUCUUUGGAGGCUACCAACGCCACGCAACAGCCUUCCAAAGACAAGGCUACCCGGGCUUGGUCGACGAGCUUAAGCUUGACGUUAGCAGACUGGGCAAGCGGAACCUGGGCAGAGAUGAUCGAGUGAUGUCGCACUGGGGAAAAGAGGUCCGCUUCCCGUACCUGGACGAAGAGCUGGUUCGGUGGGCUAUCAGGACUCCAGUGUGGGAGAAAUGCGACUUCAGCAAUCCUGAUGGGCUUGUUGAAGCGGGCAAGCGGGUCUUGCGGCUCCUCGCUUUGGAGCUCGGCAUGGGCAAUGUGGCCACUGAGAAGAAGCGGGCUAUACAAUUCGGCUCCCGAACAGCCAAGAUGGAGAGUGGUAAGGUCAAAGGUACCACGCUUUUAUCCCCUGCUCGGGAGCUGCAGGUUCGAAACGGCUCGGCUCUUGACCUUGCCAACCUACGACGUUUCCUGCAAGACCAUUACUAUGUAGCUCCUGAUGGGACCGAAGAGCCCCAGAACUGCCGCUUGAAGGCUAGGGACUUCGGCUCUUCUCUCACGCGCCACCACGAGGGCACGAAACCUGGGAGGGUCCUCGCCUGCCCUGCCAAGACGUGA